CACCACGAAGCAGAGCCAACAAUGCGAUGGCCUUGGUCGCAGAAUCCGCACAAUAGCGAUGACGGCGACAGUAAACGCCCUGUAUCAUGGGCUGAGAGCUUGAACGCGACAGACUGGUCGCAGUACACUGAAGCGCGGACUGUUGUCCCUUCGGUCCUCCUCACGAUCACUACACUUACACUCAUUCGGCUGUACAAAUCUUACCUCCGGCGAAUACCUAGUGUCAACUAUAUCAAACCAGACCUUUUCAGGCGGCGGAGUCUUUUUGGGAAAGUGACGAGCGUUGGAGACGCGGACAACUUUCGAUUCUUCCAUACGCCGGGAGGGAGGAUAGCAGGAUGGGGCUGGCUUCCAUGGAAGAUGGUGCCCAAAAAGCGGGAAGAGCUGUCUGCUAAGACUCUUCACAUCCGCAUAGCCGGUAUCGAUGCACCUGAAAUGGCACACUUCGGACACCCUGCACAACCAUACUCCAAAGAAGCUUACGACUGGCUAUCGGCAUACAUACUCAACCGGCGCGUGAGAGCUAAGAUAUAUCGACGCGACCAAUACGACCGGGUCAUAGCCACGGUGUUUGUUCGCAAAGGGCUUUUCAGGCGGGAUGUGGGGCUGGAAAUGCUCAAGAGUGGUCUGGCGACUAUAUAUGAAGCGAAAAGUGGCUCGGAGUUUGGCCAGUUUGAGGAGAAAUACCGGAAGGCAGAGAAGAAGGCGCGUCUAGCGACAAAGGGCAUAUGGACACAACCUUCGUUAUGGGAACGGCUUCGUGGGCAGAGGGCAAAGGAUAUGGAGAGUCCGCGAGAGUACAAGACGCGUAUGGCCACGUCGGACAAAACUGAGGUCAAGAAAACCGAGGUCAAAAAAGCGGUGGUCAAGAAAUGAAGAUUGUAGUGGAGCUGCAUAUAGCGUUAGCGUUGUCGACCACAUAAAACUCUCGGUCAGGUUGCGCAUAAUCGUGAAUCCAUAUAUUUGCAGCUGAAGCAUCUUUUAAGAUGCUGUUACUACUCUCCG